GUAAGUUGUAAUUUGAAGUAUGAAAGAGCAUCUUCUUCCCUAAUUUUCCUUGGAAUCACUUUUGUGUUCCUCUGCUCAGAACAGAGUGAGCAACCAGCCUUAGCGAAAUGCUGAGAAGACAACCCAGCAAGAUCGAGGUAAAAAUCGAAGACAAGGAAGAACUCGAACAAGCUCGCAAACGCGCCGCCGCCGCCGCCUCAACCACCACCACUACCACCACCGACGCUACCUCUGCCGCUGGCUCCCUCCUUCAUAACAUCAACCGCAACAAAGAUCAAGCCUCCAAAGCCCAGCGGCUUGGUAUCUCCUCUUGAAACAAUCGAAAUGGAGGUGGAGGUGAAGCUUCGCCUUCCGGAUGCUGUUUCUCAUGGUCAGGUAUCAACUCUUCUUUCGUCAUUUCAUAUUAAAACCCACCGUCAAGAGAAUUUCUUCUUUGAUGGCUUGUCCGGUGAGCUUUCGUCUCGGUUAGCGGUUCUCCGUAUCCGAUUUUACGACGGGGAUGCUCGUUGUGUGAUUUGUCUGAAAGCAAGAGCGGUUCUGGUUGACGGUGUUAGUCGAGUUGAGGAAGAUGAAGAGGAAUUGGAGCCAUCUGUUGGCCGGGCCUGCGUGGAGGAUCCGCAGAAGUUGAAAGAAGUGGAGUCUAGGAUUAUGGGGAGGGUUAAAGAUGAAUAUGGGGAAUAUGGAUUUGUGGGUUUAGGAGGGUUUAGGAAUGUGCGGAGUGUGUUUGAAUGGAAUGGAUUGAAAUUGGAAUUGGAUGAGACUAGUUUUGAGUUUGGGACUUUGUAUGAGAUUGAGUGCGAAAGCAAUGAUCCAGAUGCAGCCAAGAAAAUGCUUGAGGACUUGUUGAAGGAAAAUGAAAUUGCGUACUCGUACUCUGAAGCUUCAAAGUUUGCUAUUUUCCGAUCUGGGAAGCUCUCAUAAUAGAUUGAUAUCAGUGGUGUGGCUCUCAAUGGGACCGAGGGUCGAGAAAUCAUGGCAGUGUGAAUCAAAUGGAGAGACCAAGUUUCAAAAAGGCACCAUUUGUUUUCUUCGAUCAAGUACCUAAACGUACUUUCUGUUAUUUCACUAUCCAUGAGUAUUGCACAUGGGAAAACACCAUAUAUACUAGACUACUGAGUAUAUGCUGAUCUUUCAAAUAAUCUUUUCUGUACUGUCUAUGGAUGAAAUGGUUUGGUUUAGUUGAAUCCUUUUAAGACAGUUCUUUGUUAGUUGAAAAAUGCAGAGAACUUGACUUGUGAUUUCCAAAUUCACCUAGGAUCAAUCCACCUAAACCCUUAAUUACA